AUGGCUUCUCCAGAGCCUGGCGGUGAUCGAAAGAUGGACCAAACGACAUUUCAAGAAAUGGAUCGAACUCCCACCAGCCCUGAGCAUGGCCCUCAAUCUGACAAUAUGCCUCUGAUGCAAGCCGUCCGCCUCUACCCCAAGAUAGUCGCCUGUGCAUUCGGCCUCGCAUUAGCAUUCCUUCUCACGGGGUACGACACCGUGAUCCUCGGCACCAUCACCGCAGUACCAUACUUCAAACACGAAUUCGGCGAGCUAUACAACGGCGCAUACAUCAUCCCAGCCUCAUGGCUCUCAAUAUGGAGCGCUAUCGGACCGGUAGGCUCAAUGGUCGGUGCAGUCAACGCUGGGUGGCUCCAAGACCGCAUUGGACGGCGCUGGUCGCUCGCGCUGAGCUGCUUCGUCUGCGCUGUUGGAAUCGCCAUCGCUUUCUGCUCCAACCUGCCCGCCGAGAUGAACUCUAGACGGGGUGCGUUUCUCGUUGGAAGGACGGUACAGGGAUGGGGCGUUGGUGGUGCUAUGGCUGGUGCUCAGACGUAUCUUUCCGAGACUGUGCCGACUAGUCUGCGUGGAUCGGCGAUGGCACUCUCGCCGACUUUCAUGCUUCUCGGCGAGCUAAUUGGGGCUGCUGUUAUCUAUGCCUGUGAGAAGAAGACGUCAGCGGUGGCUUAUCUCAUUCCGUUUGGUACGCAGUGGAUCACAACCGUCUUGCCCUUUGUGCUGGUCUGUUUCUUGCCUGAGAGUCCGUCGCAUUUGAUUCGGAAGGGGAAUAUGGAGGCUGCCCAUCGUGCGUUGGCAUGGUUUCACACUGAUCGAGUCGACGUGUCUGCGCUACUUGACCAGAUGCGUCUGUCUAUCGCGCAUGAGGAGGCCAUGUCACGAGAGUUGGCAUAUGUUGAUUGUUUCAAGGGGGUUAAUCGGCGUCGGACGAUGAUUGUGGCUUUCUCCUUUGUUGUUCCCAGUUUCUUUGGCGUCCCUCUGCUGGCAAGUGCUAGUUAUUUUAUGCAGGUUGUUGGGAUGGCGUCGAGUCUCAGUAUCAUUGUACUGAUCCUUGGCAUUGUCUUGGGUCUCAUCGCCAAUGCCGUUGGUGUUUGGCUCAUGAGUCGUUUUGGAAGACGUCUGUUGAUGCUGAGCACUUUGGCGGUCACAACUGUCAUUUGGCUGAGCAUGGGAAUUGCAGGUUGUUGGUCAGGAAACAUUGUUAUAUGGUAUACUGCUGCCUGCAUGAUGGCCGUCGUCGUGGUUUGCGGCCUGGGAGCAUGGCCAGCGUCAUAUGCAGUCUCUGGAGAGACAUCAUCUCUACGCCUACGAGCUAAAACCCAAGGUAUCGGUGUUCUGUGCUAUAUGUUGUCAAAUGUGGUGUUCAACCUCAUUCUUCCAUAUAUCUACAACACAGAUGCCGGAGAUCUCAAGGGAAAAACAGGCUUUGUUUAUGCAGGCUUGUGCUUAUUGACAUUUGGCAUUACCUGGCUAAUCAUCCCUGAGAUGAAGGAUCGCACAGCUCUUGAGGUUGACGCGAUGUUCGAGGCGGAUCUGCCCUGCUCAGAAUUCAAGAACUGGAACCCAGAGGCUCUACCCACAUAUAGCAAAGAGGAGGCUCUGUGA